AGUUAAAAUCACAGAUGUACAUAGCCGAACGCAGUUAAAGUAGGCUCUUUAUAGUUUCAUGUAGAAUAUGAAUAACUUAAAAAGCACGUUACAUAGGGUUAGUUAAAUGUUUAUUCUUAAUUUGGAGCUCUGGAUGCAUUUAUCCUUAUAAAAAACCUGGAUUAAAGAUUUCAUUACCAUGUAUUAACCCCAAAUUGGCUUGUUUACCCAGACAAUGUAGUCUAUGGUAAAGAAGAUGAAAGAAGUAUUUCAACUUUAUCAAUCAUCAGAACCUAACAUACCCCGUUAAUAAUUAUAAUUUUUGUAUAUUUAAUAUGGAAGAACAAAAAUUUAUUAAAGAAGAAAUAUAUACACACGAUGGUUUUGCGUGGGGUAUGAGUAUUAAACAAGAAAUGAAAGACGAGAUAUUUACAUCAACUUUUCAAAAUUUAAUUGAUGAAAGUAUGCAUCCUAUAAAACAAGAAAUUGAUGAUGAUCUAAAUACAAAUAAAGCGAUGGAAGAAUAUACGAUUAAAGUUAAAAAAGAGAAGAGUAGUCCCCGUAUCGUUAAUAUACAAAAUAUUGGAAACAAAUUUAAAUAUCUAAAAGUGAAAUAUGGAAUUCGACCUAAAUCAAAAGAACUAUUGGAAAUUAUUAAACACGUUAAUUCAAACACUAUUGCAGGGAUUGUUAUAUGUAAAUUUUGUGGAAAUUUAUACACGAAACAAAAAGAGUACCUUUGUCACUAUUCUACAAAUCAUUUUAUGAGAUUUAAGAAAUUAAUGUAUAAAACAAAAUUCUGCCCUAAAAACUCUUACACAAGAGGUGAAGUAACUGACUUCACUAUUAUCAGAAAUCAAAAUGUGAAAAAUGAAACGGAAAUAGUUGAACAUGAUUUGAAAAAAGAGAUGCAAGAUAACAGGUUCACUGAUAAUUUGCAUGCUGACAAAGAACAGAAGCCAUUCAAAUGUGACGUUUGUUUGAAAAAUUUUGCAAAUAAAAAAAGUUUGAAAACACAUAUACGUAGACAUAUUGAAGAUAAGCCAUUCAAAUGUGACAUUUGCAUGGAGUCAUUUAUACAUAAAUGUCAUUUGAACUCACAUUUGCGUAUUCACACAGGUGAAAAGCCAUUCAAAUGUGACAUUUGUAUGAAAUUUUUUUCAUGGAAAACGAGUUUGAAAAGACAUAGUCGUAUCCACACAGGAGAAAAGCCAUUCAAAUGUAAAAUUUGUCAAGAAACUUUUUCACGAAACGAUUACUUGAAUUCACAUAUUUAUAGUCACACAAGUGAAAAGCCAUUUAAAUGUAACAAUUGUUCAAAAACAUUUUUACAAAAAUAUGAAUUAAAUAGACAUUUGCUUAGUCACACAAGAGAAAGUCCAUUCAAAUGUGAUAAUUGUUCUAAAACUUUUCUGCAUAAAAAGAGUUUGAAAAAACAUUUGCAUAAACACACUGGAGAAAAGCCAUUCAAAUGUGAUAUUUGUUCAAAAUCUUUUUCAGAAAAAUAUCAAUUAAUUUCACAUUUGCAUUGUCACAGAGAUAAGAAGCCAUUCAAAUGUAUAAUUUGUUCAAAAGCUUUUUCAAAGAUGUGUAAUUUAAGUUUACAUUUUCAUGGACACACAGGUGAAAAGCCAUUCAAAUGUGAUAUUUGUUCUAAAACUUUCCUACGUAAAAAGAGUUUGAAACAACAUUUGCGUAAACACACUGGAGAAAAGCCAUUCAAUUGUGAUAUUUGUUCUAAAAGUUUUCUAUAUAAAAAGAGUUUAAAACAACAUUUGUGUAAACACACUGGAGAAAAACCAUUCAAAUGUGACAUUUGUUUGAAAAAGUUUUCAUGGAAAACAAGUUUAAACAGACAUCUAUGUAAUCGUACAAGUGAGAAGCCAUUCAAAUGUAACAUUUGUUCAAAAACCUUUUCACAGAAAUUUAAUUUGAAGUCACAUUUCUAUGUACAUACAGGUGGAAAGCCAUUCAAAUGUGAAAUUUGUUUGAAAACGUUUUCAUGGAAAACAAGUUUAGACAGACAUCUACGCAAUCAUACAAACGAGAGAUCAUUAAACUGUGAAAUUUGUGCUGAAAAUGCUUCACUGAAAGAUGAUUUAAAUUCACAUAUUUGUAAUGAUAGUAAAAAACUACUCGAGAGUUUUACAUAAAUAUGAAUUGAUUCCACGUUUUUUAAGUCACACAAAAGAGAGGCCAUCCAUAUGAGAAAUGUGACUGUCAGAGUUUGAAACAAGAUGCAUAGAUACACUGGAGAGAAGCCAUUCGAAUGUAAUAGUUGCUCAAAAACUUUUUACAGAAAUUUAAGUUAAAUACACAUUUCUAUGGGCAUGCAGGUAUAAGGUCAUUCAAAUUGGUCAGAAACUUUCAGUUCAAAGAGUUUGUCAUUGGGCUUCUAUAAUUAUUGGAAUUCAUAUAAAAUAAAUGGAAAAAUUAUGAAAAUUUCAAAAUAAUUACUGACUGUUAGUUAUCGAAACAAUGUGGAAUAAAUUGCAUUGAUUUGAGGUCUGUUUUCACUACAGAAGUUUGUGUUUUAUAAUAGUUUUUAAUGUGACAAGAUCAUUUAUUUAUUAACAACAAAUUAAUUGAAUCAAAACUCCCUAACCUAACUAAGUUGUUAAGCUUGACCUGAGUGAACAAUUUAGGCUCUACAUUUUCUGUAACACAUUGAACUUCUUCAUCGUGUUCGUUGAACUCCGACUAUACAUCAGAAAAUUUUUCUCUUACAAUAGAAUUUUGUCCUGUGGUGGUUUAGGGACCGGCAAAUCUACACCGUGCCCUACUGGUCGGAUAGCGGGCGGAAGGUUAGGGUAGCUUAUUACCUUCUUAUUUUUAGAGUUAUGACCAGUAAUAUCAACACUGCAAAAGUAACAGUCAUCGGAAUGAUUUCUUGGUUCCCUCCGUAUUAUAGGAACAUAUUUGACCAUUUUCUAAGGUCUUCAACACAUACAUAACAAAUCUUAUGCGACGCCCAAGAUUUAUCCCGAUCUCUUUUUUUCAAAGUCUGUAAUAUUUCUUUGGUCUUUUUUAAUAACAAAUUCAUCACAAAUACAGCAAAAACUGUCAGCUGAGUUUUUACAACCGCGAUUAGGCAUUGCACUGAGCGCAUGUACAUACAGGAAUCGGAAACGUGAAACUGAGGUUAGGUUGAAACUAAACUAAACAUCAGCUAUUUAGCAUGUGUUUCAGCAGUACUACCAACAUCAUCUUCGUUCAUUAAAUACUCCUAGAUAGGUAUGGAGUCGGUCUUGGUUCAUUAGACCUAUUUUUUCAAUUUUAUUUUAACUAUAAAAAAAGCUAUUAAAUCCUAAAAAUGUUGGUUGAUUUCAUAAAUGUAAUCAUAAAUGGUAGAUGAUACCUACAUCAUAUUUGGAUUCAGCAAAUUAAAAAACAUAAGAAUAAGGUAUUUUCAGUAAAAAAGUUUUGUCAUCGUUGGCCUGUGUUAUUUAUUUUCACUAUUUUCAGUAAACUUUCAACAACAGAAACUUCUUUUUAUUGAAGGAAACAGUCAGGAAACUAUGUUACAACUAACCUGAUAAUAUACUCGGCAGUGUAUAUAACAUUUUGAUUUUUUUAUUAUAAUUAAAUAUUGAUAAUUAAUAAGUACUUUUACAAUUAAAUGAAUAUCGCUUG